AUGUCGAAGGCAUUUUUGCCAGAUAUGGAGACAAUACAGACACUUCUGCAUGCCCCAAAGAAUCUUAGCAAACCCAACAAAAAAUGGCGCUCCGCAUUCGUUAGUAUAUAUUGUUACAGAGCUCUCUUGUCUCACUUCAAAUCCACUUUGCUUCCCUCCCGUACCACCAUCAAGAACAAGCCUAACCUGUCACCUUCUUCCUCCUAUACUGUUAUCGAUUUAGACACAGAUUAUUCCUUCUUCAGUGUUAGCCAAACCACACUCACCAAUCUCGUGAAGGAGAAAAAUGAAGAGACCCUGCAAAAUCUUGGUGGGGUGCAUGGCGUGGUCUCCGCUCUAAAAACCGACAUUGAAAAUGGAGUCAAAGGCGGUGGUGAUGAUGAUGAUCCCAGUGACGUCAUGCGACGGCGCGACGCAUUUGGAUCUAACACCUAUCCCAAACCACCUACGAGAGGUUUCUUUCAUUUUGUUAGUGAGGGCUUCAAGGACCCCACCAUUCUCAUUCUCUUGGUUUGCGCUGCUCUGUCUCUUGGCUUCGGCAUCAAAGAGAAUGGAAUCAAAGAAGGCUGGUACGAAGGUGGAAGCAUCUUCGUUGCUGUUUUUCUAGUCAUUGCUGUAUCUUCCAUCAGUAACUUCAGACAGAGCAGACAAUUCGACAAGCUGUCCCAGGUUAGCAAUAACAUCCAAGUAGAUGUUGUACGAAGUGGUCGCCGAUGGCUUGCUCCUGGAAGGCCAUUCUCUGCAAGUUGA